AACAGUAACCGUCAGUUAGUUAGUCGGUCAGUAUAAAUUUAGUAUCAAAACUAAAGGCUGCAAAUAGCUUAUUGUGAAUAAGAUACUUCUGUGAAUUUUAAAUUUGCCGCGUAACCAGUGUAUAGUGAGGGUUAAACAAUAACCGUCAGUUAGUUAGUCGGUCAGUAUAAAUUUAACAUCAAAACUAAAGGCCACAAACGCUUAGAAAGUAGUGCCUCCUAUUUGGAGAACCAAUCAAAACGAAAUGAAAAUAUACUGGUCAGAGAUUUUAGGGAUAUUUUUUGUAGGACGCUUGAAAAUUUUUUUUAGGGAAUAUGUUAGAGAUCUCAGGGAUUAGCCCUAGUUUGCAUCAAUUUUAGGGAUUUAUAAAGAAUCUACUAUUUUCAGUGGUUUUACGAUUUUCAGUGACUCUCUUUCAACUCAGGAAAAUUAUCCUCCGGACCCGAUCAAAUAGUAUGGUUCCUUUUGUGUAUAAAACAAUGCGUUUUGGUUGACAACACGCGGAUAAGAAACUUUCCUGCUCGAUACGAUCCGGAGGAUAAUUUUCCUGACUGGAAACCGGCCUGAUGACUGACAUUGACAACUGUGCACUGAUACACUACCCAGAGUCCGAGACUCACACACCCUCUAUCUCGAUCAGUGAAGCCCUUUCCUGAGCACGCAGUACUGAGUACACUUGCCUAGAGGAAAUACUUCAUGUACAAUAAUCAAAAAAUCUUUAUACUAUAAAGAGUCAUCAACAUCUGAUCGUGUUUUGUAUUUUCUUUCUAAAAAGCUUAUAUAACGCCAUCAAAAUAUGUCUCAUCUACCUACCGAUCCUUCAAAGAUAGAAAGAUGGUCAAUAGUGUAUCCAUCAUAUAUAAAUAGUAAGAAAACAGUUGCCGAAGGUCGAAGAAUACCUAAAGAUAAGGCUUGUGAGAACCCUACUGUUAAUGAGAUAAGAGAUGUUUGCCAAAGUAAAGGCUUCAACUGCUCUGUUGAGAAUAAGCAGUAUCCUCGAGACAGUGCCAAAGAUGCCUUAUGCAAAGGAAGAGUAAGAGUCCAGCUAAAAGAUUCAAAUGGAAAGCCAGUUAAUCCAACAUUAAUAUCAAAAAAUCAGUUAUUUAUUUUUCUUGGUGAAACGAUUCCAAAGUUAAAGAGUAGACAAAACAAAUCUCAACAAGGGGACUCGUCCGGUUCCCAGUCUUCUGCUAGUAACACGAACAAGAAGAAGAAGGGAAAGAAAGGCAAAGGAAAAUGAUCCCAUAUUCACCCAAACAAACUCUCAUUCCUCCUCAUGAACACCUGCAGAUGACUAGAUAAUUAUUGUUCAUAAUUUCGGCAAUACAAAAAAAUGCACAUCAUAAGAAUAUAUGAAGUGGGGUUCGAUCCAGUGACCUCCAUCCUCGUUCCGGCACACGCAGUACGCGGAAAACCUGGGAACGAGGAUGCUUCGAGAGAGAGUGAGAGAGAGAGUGAGUUCGCUUGUGCGAACGUUUAAUUUAUCUUUUGGAAUUUUAAAGAACCAAAAACUAUCAAGUACUCAGUGCGUCUAGCAAAUGUUUCUAUAUAGCAACAGAGAUGUUUCCACGAGAUUGGUGCAUGAUUACAUAAUAGGUGCUUUAUCGAUAGAAGAGUUUAUGAUAAGUUCCGUACAGUGCGAUUUUUUCUAUUUAAAACCCCCGUUAUUUUUGCACUAAAAAAGCGUCUAUUUUGAACCUUUUCUGUUGCUAUGACAACGACUGCCAGACAUAAAACACAAAUUCUAGUUAGAUUUUGCUUUUUGGUAUGUUCCCUUAAAGAUACAUUCAAUUCCAGUUCUCAAGCGAAACAUUUGAAUGCUUAAUGCCCCUGUUGUUCGAAAGGUGCAUCAGUAACAAUUCAGAGAAUCUGCAUAGAGACUCCUUAACCACGCAUUUUGAAUUGUUUAUGACAAAAUAUAAAUUGGCGCGGUCAAGUCCGUUCUCCACGUGAACAACUUCCAACUUUGUUAUUAGUUCCAUUGACCAGCUCUUACAAAUGGUCACCCUUACAGGCCAGUGCAUGUGCUUGCUGUUUCGUGAUAAUUAUAUCGCGAAACCUUUAACAUUAUAGUCUUCAGUCAACUGUUGGCGCAAGCUUAUCGUUUGGUUACAUCUAUCGUAGGUUUCAUUAUUUCAAAGGGUAGCGACAUGAAAAGCGUUAGGAGUAUAAAUAACGCUUUAGCGAUUAAAAUAACCUAUGAUUUAGAAUAAAAGCUAUUCCGAAUAAGGUGUGCGUAAUAGUAUAACACAGAAUCAAUAAAAACAGUUACUUGUAGAUGUGUAUUUAGUAUUGCGCACACCUUAUUCGGAAUAAUUUUUAUUCUAUAUUUGUUGAAAUUAUCAGCCCGGAAAGGAUAACCCUCAUUACCCAGCAAAUCACGCAAGGCAGUCCGGUAGUGAAAAGAAAGGAAAAUCUAUUUUAGGAAAUGUGGGUAAUAACUAUAAGUAAGCAAUUGGGUAGAUUUUUAUUCCUUUUAAGGCCCUUUCUAGUCUGCGAACCCAGACAUCAUUUUCCACGCUCAUUACCUCGCUCGAAAAGUAUCAAUAUUCGACGACAACGAAUUUAUAUAAAUAUUUUAAUUUAUGUUAAAAAUUUUGGCAUCGCUACUCUGAGUUUCGUGCCACAGGCGACUGAUGAUUGCUGAUGACUCUGUGGCAUGAAACUCAGAGAAGCGUUGCAAUAUAUAUAUACAGUAUAUUUCAUCCAUUUUCAACUUGGUUUAAAAUAAUGUGGCUUCGAAAGUUGUUCGAUGCUGUUUCAGAGGAAUUUAUUAGUCGCGCUGUGAUCGCCGAAUUGCAUGUUUUUCAAGGCUUUUUUUACAAUGAAAUGCGGUUGCAGAGGAAUAUGGAAAAAUUUUGUGCAAAAAUGCGGAUGAGAAACAUGCAGAUUGCGGUCCUCUUGUGAUCUUGUUAGUAUAUCGCUCUGCGUGCACAGUAUAUUAACAUAACAACUGCAUGUUUAGUAUUUGUCAAGUUGAAAGUUUACCUUGCGGUGAGCCAAAAAACUACACAGUUUUUUGAGAGGAGCUAUAUACUAGCUGGGACUAUGCGCUAGCUGGAGUACAUUUCAUGCAUUUUAUUCAUAAAAGUACAACUUAGUUUUUCAUUUGCAUGUAUUUUUUGAUAAAAAUAUAAUAAUAGGGCCUAACUGCCCUAUUCGUGAUCCAUGCAACCUUUAGCCCGAAUCAAACGCCAGUUUUGCGCAGUUGUGUUUGCUUGUACCUCGUUUGAGCGUCUACUUGCGAUGGCUUGCGUUUGGCUUGUCUAUCGUUUGACCAGUCUCACGCAAGUCACAAGUAAACUUGCGAUGGACUUGCGUCCUCGUUUGAUCCGGACUUAUGACUUUGGUUUUGUGUGAGUCGGUGUGUGGCCAUCGCCGUCGGUAUUAACAAUUAACACUGCUUGAACUAAAAAUGUCUUUUGAUACAAUAAGCUGGCGUAAACGUGGGUUCGAUUGUAUUGUUCGCCUGGAUAGCGCUAUUCAAUCGAUAAAGAGAAACCUUAUGGUUUGGCUCGAAAUCCGUAUACUCAUUGUUCAAGUCUUGAUCUGAUAAUUCUCCUGUAGUUAGACCUCACACUCGGUUAGGUUGAUGCAAAAAGGUGUAACCUAAAUAUGUUCUAUGGCCGAAUU